AAAAAAGCUCUCCGAAAAUUUAAGUUGCGGUUCGAUUUCCUGUCAGAACUAAGCGUUCAACAUGAUGUGAAGGAUUACAUGGAUUAGUAAGUCUCUCUGUCGUCCAUGUGGUAUAUGGCAUUACAUACAAGUACAACCUUCCAUCUGGAGUAGGGCACAUACUUUGCUUGACUGGAUUCCAGCAAUUACAGAAACUGGUCUGUAAAUCAGCCGUUGUGCAUAACUGACUUGUCUGUAAAACAACCGUUACCCACAUUUGAAUAUUAUCUGGAAUACAGCCAUUACCCACAUUUGAUUGUCUGUAAAAUAUCCGUUACCAUUUGACUGGAUCACAGUUUCUUAGGAGUAUGGCAUUAAUGCAUCACCUGAAUAAAGCACUGCAGUAACUCAAUGUUUCUACAAGACUAAUGCACAUUUGCCUGUCUUGAGUUACUUCAUUUAUUCCAAAUUUGGAUUAGUAGAUGAGAAACAACAAAAUGUCUUCAACAUUUGCUGGAUAUCUUCAGAUAGAAAUAGUGGAAAAUAGUGGCUCAUUUUUCCGUAAAUAUUUCAUUCUGAAUGGAUCAGAGAAUACGCUGACUUAUUAUGAUGAUGUACUAAAAAAACUGCCUGAAGGAGCUAAACCAAUAGAAACUAUCAACCUGUCUUAUGUUUCCAUGGUGAGCCGUGCCACACAAAGGAUGAAAGAAAAAUACUGCUUUGUGAUAACUGUAGCAGGCAAAAAGGUGUUUCUACGUGCAAACAAUGAGGAAGAUAUGAAUCUAUGGCUUGAUGCACUCCUGAAAGCUAGCAAACUAACGGUGCCAAAGCAAGAUGACUCAAUGAAAAGACAAGUCUCCAUGAUUGGAAGCUACAGGACAGAAAUAGCUGGAGGUGUAGUGCUGAAAAUCCCAGUAGAGCAGGAGAGCGAUGGAGAGAGCACAUGUGACGAACUAGAAAAAAACUAUGAAGCCCCAAGAUCUCCAGAUGGGAAACGUCUACCAGUUAUAAAGGCGGGUUAUUGUGUCAAACAGGGGGCACUGGUGAAAAAUUGGAAAAGAAGAUAUUUUGUACUGGAUCUUACUGGACUGUCAUAUUUUAAAAAUGAACAGUAUUAUAAUUCGGAAAAACCACCUAUUAAAUGUAUAUAUAAGUCAGAAAUCUUGGAUGUGCGGUCCUCUCAAGGCAUCCAUCCGCAGAGGGAUAAUUUAUUUGAAGUCGUCACAGCUCAAAGAGUUUACUAUGUGCAGUGUGAUACUCAAGAAGAUAUGGAAUCAUGGCUCUAUAUAUUACGCUCAACAUAUUUAGGGGAUGACGUUCAGAAUAACCAUACACAGACAACAGACAGUCUAGGACGCAAACCUUCCAUACAAAGACCAGGCUCUACUACUACGAAUGAUAGGCCUGUUUCAGACAAUACCACAAAUGGGUCUGGGACACUCACGUCACAGAAAAGCAUGUGGCUCUGAAUAUAUAUGAGUCCAUUUACUCCAUUAUCCCACACACAAGUUCUACAAUUUAAGUGAUACGGCUGCUAAUAGAUGGCACUGUUUCACUGGAUAUUUGAUAACAUGGAACUCUCUAUUCCGUAAUCUGGAAAGUAUAAAUUAGUCAUCAAUAAUACCAAAACAAUUUUAUAUAAUUAUUCCUGAACACAAGGACUCGAAAUUAUUGAACAAUCUGGCUACAAAGACAACUCUCCUUAUCUUUAAUACAUUGAAAUAAGUCUACAAUUGGACAAAAGCACUUAAAAGUUGAAUGUAUGGACUGCGCAUUUGUACAUAUUAAAGAGAUGUGGGAUAUUCACCAGGAUUUACAUAGUGAGAAUUUCAACUGGCUAAAAUUUCAAUUCUACAUAUCAAUGAAUUUGUGUACGUCGUUGGAAUUACAUUUCCCCUUGCUUUCGUCAUGAUUUUGAUUUAUUACUCAUUUAUGGGAUGAAGAAAAAGUCAAAUCUAUGUUGCCCACCCUGCCCACCAAAUUAAGCACCCACAUGUUUAGGGUACAUUAAGAAAAACAUAGAAGGUUAAAAAACUAUAUCUAUGAAACACUCCCACAGCCAUGUGCUCUGUUCUAUCAUGUGUAAACAUACAGUGUUCCAAGAACAUUGAGAGUUGUUUUUAGUAUCAUUUAUUGUGAUGCAAUAUAUUACUUGAUUGUCAAGAAUUUUUGUAUACUUGUACUUGAUUGUCAAGAUAUUUUUGUAUACUUGUAAUUGUACUUGGAUUAAUCAGUUUAAUGAGGUGCCAUGAAGUGAUAAUGAAGUUAAUACAGAUUUUUAAAACCAUAUCAAAAAUAUGAAGGCCAUGUGUAUAUUGUUAAAUUAAAGGUCUUUUAGAGAAGAUUGCAGAUAAUGUAGUUUUUAUGCCUGGCUUGCAAAAUCCAAAAUGGCCAUCUAAAGACCUUCAUGCAAAUUAAAGGUACACAAGAGUAAAUAUUCAAAUAUUAUAUUGUGACAUAGAACAUAACCCUCUUCAUGGAUACAGUUAAACCUGUCAAAUCCAAGCACCACCGAGACAGUCCAUGUAUAGCAGGUGUUCACAUUUCAAGUUUCUUAAAUGG